AUGUCGGCAGCAGGUCCUAACAAGAGACCACUGAAGUCCGCCUUCGCCAACAAACGAAAACAGGGCCCAUCGGGCGACAAUGGCUCGCGGCCCGGCAACAGCCGCGAUGGAGGAGGGAACAACGGUACCGGCGGCGGCGGCGGCGGCGGAGGCUGGGCGCAAAAGCGCGUCAAGAUCCGCAAUGACCGGGAGAUCGCGGCGCAGUCCUCCGACGCGGCCCUUAAAGACGGCGAGCUCGACCUCCAGUCCUUUUUGAACGCGCGCGAGUUCGAGAUUCGGGCGCUCGAGGAGAGCAUGCGACACACCAAGGCCGAGGCUACGAGCCGGGCCUUUCAGCAGGUGCCCCGCGGCCUGCGGCGGCGGACGGCGAGCCACAACGCCAAGAGGGUGCCCAAGAGGCUGCGUAGGAGGGCCCUCAAGGAGAUGGCGGAGGAUAACACGCCGGUGGUGCUAUCGAAGCGGAGGAGGCCCAAGACGACGAGGGCGCGGAUCCGCGCCGAGACGGCCAAGAGGUUGGGGAUCCUCGCGGAGAAGAAGAGGAAGAGGCUAAUGAAAGCCGCGAAGGCCAAGGCUAAGGCCAAGGACGGCGAGGAGACGGGCGAGGAGACGGGCGAGAAGGCACUUUCGGAUAAGAGCAGAGUCGCAGUCACAGUCACAACGAGACCGCCGCGGCCAAAGAUCCGCCGGAACCAGCUCAACGACCCGCCUCAGCGCAAGUCAAAGUUCAGGAAGCGGCAGAUUAACAAGACGUGGCUGCCGACGCACCUGUGGCACGCCAAGAGGGCGCGGAUGACGCAGCCCAAGAACCCGUUCUGGCGGUUCGCGAUACCCCUGACCCCCAACGAGAAAACGUACCGGGCGACGCACCGGUCGCAGGGCGAGAGGGGCGCCGUCGUCUGGGAUACGAGCUACGUCAGCACGAUCGGGCUCUACGGUUCGGCCAGGGGCGUGGAGCAAGUCCUCCGCAGGCUCGGCGUCACACAAGAGAGUUGUUGGAACGAGAGGGGAAUGAAGUGGAGGCAGGGCACACGGCACUGGACUGGGUUCUUGAGCAGAGAGGUCAGGGGCGCAAGGCGGGAUGUCUGCCCGGCCACGAUUAUUUGGAAUCCCGAGCCAGUCGCUGAGCAAGCUGAGGCUGGAGAGGGAGCGGAGACGGUCAAGGUCCAGCGACAGGUCUUUGUCAGAGUGCACCCAUCCGCGUUUCUCGAGGUGUUUAACGAGUUUCUUCGGCUGGUGAACAUGCAGAACCCCAGGCUCUACAUUGAGGAUCUGCGUUUCGAAAUCGGCAGCAUCGAGCUCACCGGUCCUGCAUCAACUGAGGCCCUCCUAGGCAUUCUGCAUGCGUAUCACACAGUAGAGGGAUCCAGAGAACAGCAUGCAGAGAUCUUCGAGGGGCUGACGAGCCCUAUUAGUCCCGCGUCGCUUCCCCUAAACGCCAUUCUGGGUUUCUACGUCCUGGAUCCGCGCCUUCGCUAUCCGCCGAGGAAAGUCGCGCAGCCCGACAUCAACGACGAAGGAGAGCAAAACGAUUCUCUCGACCUUCUAGCAAAGUGGCCCGCAGACGUCAGCCUGAAGCCCUACAAUCUCUUCCACAGAGAUGCGCGUGCUUCGGCCACCAGACUGCCAUCACAAAAAUCAGUCGACAAGCGCAAAGGAGCAAGGCGUCCGGGAACGGGGCUGGGCGUCUCGGACGCCGACCCGCCGAUCCCCGUCAUACUGUUAGCAUCACGCACGACCGUUACCCGGUCCCAAGGGAACUGGACGGUCCUCGCCCCGUGGAGGUGCAUCCAGCCGCUGUGGCACAGCCUGGUCCAUUUCCCCCUGAGCUCGGGCGGCAACCCGCGCUUCUCGGGCUUGGACCAGAUCCGGCAGGUCGCGUUCGAGCGGGGCGCGCCGUGCUUCCCUUUCGACUUUAUCGCUACCGACGCCGGCGCGGCGUGGGAGCUGGAGCAGCGAUCCUUGCGGAAGGCGGCGUGGGAGCGGCGGCCGAAGAGCAAGCGGGUCUCAUGGGCGUCAUUGGACCUCGGCGCCAGACGGAAAGGGGAGGUUGGCUGCGGGUGGGCGUGCGAUGUCGAGGUUCUGUUCCGGCAGAAGACGGCGGCGACAAUGACGACGAAGGAGGAAGAAGAGAAGAAUAAGAAACGGGCUGCGCCAGACGCGGAUGAGAUGGACGUCGACGAGCUUUCCGCAGAGGAAGGUCAGGAGGAAGCCGCAGCCGCGUCCGAUGCCGCGUCGUCCGAAGGGGACUUCCUCAAGACGCUUCAGCAGAUUCGGAAAGAUACCUUCCGGGCGCAUGUAUCAUCGCCGCCGUCGUCAGCAGCUUCGUCAUCCCCUUUACCCCCGAGAUCCAUCAUCAAUGUUAAGAUAUCCAUUCUCAACCGCGGCGUCGUCACCUCCUGCGCGAGAAUCUAUCGCCUUCCCCCGCGCCCGACGGCCACCGUCCCAACAUCAUCCGCCGAAGUACCCGCAACGGCCCCUCCGCCGCCGCCGCCGCCGCCGCCGACGAAGUCCGUCGUCGAGGGCGGUAGCGGCGGCAGCCUUUUACCACCCGAUCUCCGCGCCCAAUGGCUCGCCACGCUUCCCAACCCGCCUGGCGCGAAAUUGGCCAAGAGCACCCGAAAGACGAAGCAGCAGCAGGCCAACGCGGACCUGCAAACGCGGAAGCAAAUGCUAGCCAAGACGCUUCUCGCGUCCCCCGCGCAGGAGGCGUAUCCCCCCGCGAAACCGAACCAGACGGACAUGAACGGACACCCCCUGAUCCCUGGCGAGGAAGACCUGAUUGGCUUCGUGACUACGGGGUCGUAUUCGCUCAGCGAGGGAAGGGGCACGGCUAUCGGGUGUUUAUCGGCCGAGAGGGCUGCUGAGGCGAUGAGGGAUGGCGGUGGUGGUGGUGGUGCCAGGGAGGGGACGUUGUGUAUUGUGCGGAAUGCCGGGGAGAGCGUUGGAUGGAUUGCGCGGUGGGAGGUUGUUUGA